GUUAAGAAGCUCUUCCAGGGGAUAGGCGGGCAGGGAGUGAGUGCGGUUUCAGUGGACGGAUAAGAUUCGUAAAGUUUACUCUUGUUAUUUGUAUGGUUUUACUGUGGUUCAGGUAUGGACCAGGAGGAGAGACAGAGGAAAGUGGAGGCAGGACGUGCAAAGCUUGCUCACUUUAGACAGCGCAAAGCAAAAGUCGACAGCGCGAAUCCGCAGAAAAAGACGCAGAAGAGGAAGGGGGCGCCUGCUGUCUCGGAAGAUCCUGCACCGGAAGAGUGCACAAUAAUACCAGAUAUGUGCACCGUGAGUAGCAGGACCCCUGCAGAGGACAGCCUGAAGUCUGGCAUGGACUCGAUCAGCAUUACAGCACAGCAGGAGCAGUGGCCAGAGGCCCCCGAGGGGAGUGUGCUUGGGGAUCCUGAAGCUGCAGAGGCCUGUGAGGGAUUUGAGGACCUGAGAGAGAUGCUGGUGGCACACAAGGGGCAGGAGCAACUGCAGGAGCUGCAGAUGGCAGUGCAGAAGCGCAAUGACAUCAUCUCACAGCUCAGUGCUAACCUACAGGUGGCGCUUCAGAGCCGGCAGCAGGUGCAGCUAGAGGCCCUGCAGCUCAGUGAGCAGAUCCGUGCCUUACAGCAGCAGCUUCAGCAGGCCAGCGAUUACCUGCUCUCACACAGCCAUAACUGUGUGGAGAUAAGUGAGGCCCACCAGCACGUUUCCCAGUUCCAGCACUGCUUACAGGGCCAUGCAUCCCAGCUGGAUGGGUUGCACCAGCAGCUUGAGGAGGCCCACAAGAAAACCACAGAGCAACAGAAGGUCCUCACACAGAAGCAGGCAGUGAUGAGAGAUGUACAUGGCUGCGUCUACAAUCUGUACAAGUCCCAGGAUGCUUGGUCACUCAGAGAGUGGGAGCAGGAAGAAUGUGAACAAAUGCCUAGUGAGCACCACGGUGCAGAGUCACUUCUGCAGAGACUUGUAGCUGAGUUGGAGAAGGAGCGGGAGAGGAGCCAGCAGGAAUGGGAGCGUGCAUCACAGUUUGAAAUGCUUGCCCAAGCCCUCAAGAAUGAGAAGAAUGAGCUAAAAGAGCAGCUUGCCUGUGUCCAGGUUGACCUGAACCAAAACAAAAUGCUGGCCAGCGAAGGCCAUCAGUACAAGGCUGAGAAGGAAGAGGUGAACUUGGAGAUGGUGCGGCUGAAGAGUCUUGUGCAGGAUCUUCAGAACCGGCUGCAGCAGGCAGAACAGACAGCUGGAGAUUUGAGGGCUCAGUUUGAAGCUGAUCGGUCCAACUACGAGUUUCGACUGCAGACUCUAGAAGAAGAGAAAGAGAUGGACUUGGCUCAGCUGGCAGAGGCCCAUGAGACGGCCUUGCAGCGAUUAAAGGAGGACCACAAAGAGAAGCUCCAGCAGUUGCAUGAGCAGUUGGUCCACAGACAGGAGUCAAAGCUGAGUGACAUUGAGGACCCAGUAGAAAGCUUCAACUCCAUGGUCUGUGAAAAUCAGUGGAUCCAGGACAUUACUACUGACCACCAGGACCCAGUCUUUGAACUCUCCUCCAACAGUGGGAACCAUCUGAUGGAGAAGUAUCUUGCUUCUACUGUCCAGCAAGACUCCCCUGGGGCUGAAGACUGUCUUGGUGAACUUGGCCAGCUAGAGCAGGUGGAGCUGAACAGUGAGCUUGACAUUGAGAAGUCUAGAAGUCCUGUCCAAGUCCUCACUGAACAGGAUGAGGACUUGUCUAAUGGACAAAGUCUGGUUCUUGCUCCAUGGGAGGGUUCCCCCAGAUUGAGCCAGUGGCCAACGUGUGGCUCUUCUCACAUGGGUGAAGAGCCAGGAGCCACGGAAGCAGGAAAGGCCCUGCUCACACAAGAGUGCAGGGACCUGCUAAAGCAACUUGAAGACAAAGAGAAGCAGCUGGAAGUUCUCCAGGAAGAGGUGCAGAGGUCUGCGGAGGAGCUGCAGGAAGCUGUGCAGAAGUGGAGUUGUGUGACAGAGAUGCUGCAGUCUGUUCAGUGGGAGCUGGAGGCAGAGAGAGAGUGCAGGCUGCACUGCGAGGAAAUGAUCAGCCGUAAGACUCGUGAAGAGGACAACCUGAGAAACAGGCUCAGUUCUCUGCAGAGUGGGGCGGCCUUGCUCCCUCAGGGGAUAGAAGAUGUGCUGCAAGAGCUGAAGCAGGAGAAAGAGUGCCUGCUGCAACAGCUUAGGGAGCAAGAGCAGCUAGUCCAGGACAUCCAGGAGCAGAUACUGGCUGGGGACUCUGUGACCUGUGAGGUCCAGGUCCAUUUUGGCCACCAACUCAGAGUCCUGCAGGAACAGAGAGAUCAGCUAGAGGCCCAGCUAGAUGCCCAGAGAGCUAAACUCUGGAACACUUCAGAGCUCCUGGGUCAGAAGACACUGGAGCUGGACUCUGCUAAAGCAGAGCGCCACCAUCUCCAGGAAGAGCUCCUGAAAAGUGAGGAUAAAGUUGAGAAGACAAAUAAAGAGAAUGCAGAUUUACAGUCGCAGCUUGAUUGCCUCCAGCAGAACCUGGUGAAUGUUGAAGAGGCUGUCAGGCAGGGAGCAGCCGAAAAGGCAGCCCAAGAGCGUCGACUCACAGAACUUGAAGCCAAAGCCGUAAACAUGGAGAAUGUUGUGGCCUCACAGCAGGAGGAGUUCCACAAGCAACUCAUGGCUAAGAACUCAGAUGUUGAGAAGCUUGAGAUGGAGAGGAAGAAUAUGGAGGUGGAACAUCAGGAGAAGGUCUGUGCUUUAGAGAAGGAGCUGGGUGACCUCAGAUCUUCGUUGAUGUUCCAGGAGAACGAGCACAGGAAGGCUGCGGAGCUGCUGCAGAAAGAAUCUAAGAAUCUGCACAAGGCUGUGGAUGAGGCAGAGGCCCAGCUGACAUCCUGCCAGCAGGCCAAUCAUCACCUGGAGCAGAAACACCAGGAGGUGGUGCAAGCAUUGCACUUGGAGAUGCAGCGGAAGCUGAUGGAGCUGAAGGACACCAUGGAGGAGGAGCAGAAGAGACAGAUUGUGCUAAUUAAGCAGCUACAGGUCCAUGAGCGGGAGCACCAGCGGGAACAGGCAGAGGUAGCCAGCAGACACCAGGAGCAGCUGGCCUGUCUGCGCCUGGAGCUCACUGAGGAGCUGCGUGAUGGCCUGGAGACAGCCCACCAAGCAGAGCUGCUCCAGGUGCAGGCACAGCAGGCUCUCGAGCUGGAGGCCUUACGUCUGAGCCUUAGUGAGCAGCACGCUGCACAGCUGGAGCUGUCCCAGCAAAACCUGCAACGUGACAAGGAGGCGGCGCUCAGUGAGCUCCAAACGAGCCUCCGCGAUCGUUGGGCUCAGGAGAACGCAAUGCUGCAGACCCGGCAGCAGCGGGAACUUGAGCGGGUUCGAGAGCAGCAUCAGCAGGAACUGGACAAGCUCAAAGAGGUGUGUGAAACACGUCUGUUGCAGCAGAGAGUCCUGAUGGAGGAACAGCAGGCCUCUGAGCUUGAGGCUCAGAGGGCAGCAUUACACCGGGAGGCCAACGAGGCUCGUACAGAGCUCCAGGCCUUGGUUUCCAACACGCAGGGAAAGCUGGAGGACCUGCUGACCUCCCAGGAUCAGAAGGUCCGGCAGCUGGAGGAGGACCUAACCCAAGCGUGGUUGGACCGCGAUGCUGCUGCCAGGGCUGUGGAAGAGCUGGUGAGCAGCCACAAGGUUGUGUUGGAAGAACACAAGGAGCAUGUCUUCCACCUAGAGGAGCAGCUCAGGAUAGGAGCAGAGAAGGAGCAGCAGCUGGAACAGCAGUUGGAGAAGGUGAAAGCGGAGUGCUUGGAGCUCAAGUCCAGCUCGAAGCAGGAAGUCACCCAGCUCUGGUCCCAGCUGGAGAGCAUGCGGGCAAGCCGGCAGGAGCUGGGGGAGCUGAAGGACCAACUGCUGGCUCGCUCAUCUUGCGUUGAGGACAUUGAGCGCCUGAAGCAGGAAUUUUCCCAGCAGCGCAAGAACAUCCAGGAGCACAAUGAAUUGGAGCUGGAGAACUUGCGCUCCUACUUUGAGCAGCGCCUGCGGGCCACCGAGGAGAGCUACCGGGAAGAGAUUGCUCUGCUCCAGCUAAAGCUGGUGGAAGGUGCACUGGAGGAGUCUGUGCUCAAGACUGGGGAUGCCAGUUUUGUUUCUGAAGGGAGUGAAGAAAAGAGCAACCUGAUGGCAGAGGUCACUGCCAAACUGGAGAAGCACAAGGAGGACCUGGAGGCCUUGCGGCUGCAGCUGGAGGGUCGCCACAAACAGGACCUGAAGCAGCUGCGUGCCUCUCUGGCCACGGCCUACCAGGAAGAGCUGCUGCAGGUGAAGGCAGACCUCGCAGACUGCCAUUUCCAGGAGAUGAAGUCCAAGCAUGCUCUGGAGCUGGAGCAGCUGCGUGCCAAGCUCUCAGAAAGCCAUCUGAAAGAAAUCACAAGACUGCGGCUGCAGAACACCCAGGAUGUUGCGCAGCAGGUGGAGGCUGAGCUGAAGCAGAAGGCCCAGGCCUUAGUCAAAGAGUACCAAGCCCAGCUGACCAAAGUUUGCCUCCAGGGCCUGGAGAAACGACACAUUACUCUUGCAGAGGAGCGUGAUGGAGAGCUGAAGCGGAGCUUUGUGGAGGAGCGAACGGAGCCAGAGCUGCAGGUCAUCCAGCCCAAGGAUGUACUCAAAGGAUCUGAGGAGUACUGCAUUGACACAAGGGAGGAGCUGCAGGCGGACUGCACUGAACAGGAGCAAGAGGUCUGCCAGCAGCAUAGCUUGCAUGGCAAAGAGAGCCCCCAUGUGGCAAGGCAGGCAGUUGAGGCACAGUUCCACAGUGAGCUGCAUGUGACCAAGAGCACUGUGGCUUAUGCAGUGAAGGAACUUGACAUCCUGUUGCAGGAACAUGUUAAGGCCAGGCUGCACGAUACCCAAGACAGAUUCCGAAAACAGCAGAGAGCUAUAGAGAAGCUGGCUCCCUGUCAUGAAGAAAUGGGGACAUUCAGGGUGGAGCUUGAGCAGCUGGAGGUGGCCCUUAAUGCUGCCCACAGGGUGGAGCUUGAGCAGCUGGAGGCGAACCUUAAUGCCGCCCACAGGGUGGAGCUUGAGCAGCUGGAGGUGAACCAAAAAAAGCAGAGAGAUGAUUUGGAAUCCCAGAUGCUUUCCAACAUGGACAUCCUGGAGGCAACCUACCUAUCAGAGAUCCAGACUAUCCGUUCUGAGCAUAUGCAGUUGAUGCAGGAGAAGGAGAGGAGCCACUCUGCUGAGCUACAGAGACUGAGUGAGAAGCAGCAGCGCUAUGUGCAGGCUGCCACUGAGGAGCUGAGGGGGAAGCUCGCUCAAGCCCAUGUGGACAAAUUCACGGCGAUGGCAGCGGAACUGGGACAGGCACACAAGGAGGAGCUGCUGGCUGCCCUGUCUUCCCAGCGGCAGUCCCUAGAGGACGAGCAUGAGGGCGCUCUCGCGGCACUGCGCCAGGAAGUCCUGUCCUUAGAAGAGCAGCACAGCAAUGCCUUGCAUGAACUCCAGCAGCUGCACCUGGCAGAAGUGGAAACACUACAAGAGAGGCAACAGCAGCGAUUGCAGGAGCUGAGCAGUGCAUCUGCUCGUGAGCUGGAGGCUCUAUGCAAGGAGCUGGAGGAGGUGUGUCAUCAGCGUUCAGCACUCCAGAAAGAGGUGGAGCUGCUAAGACGUCAGUGUGAGGAGCAGCAGACCUCCCAGGGGCACUGUGAGUCACAGCAGGAGCUGAGUGAAACAUGUACACAGCUGCAGGAACGGGAGGCUGGACUCUUGCAGCUGCAUGCAGAGAUGUCCCAGCUGAAGGCAGAGCUGGAGGGCAAGCGAUCUGAGAUGGCAACGCUGGAGGGCCUGCUGCAGCGCCGGGAGCGGGAGAACCAAGAGGGCAGUAACUUGGUGGCCAUGCUAAGGGCUGACCUGAGCUCAGCUGCUGAGGAUAGGAAAUGCCUGCAGGAGGGCCAUGACAGGCUGCUCAGGGUGCUGGUUGAAGUUCUGAAGACUACCCUGGCUACUGAAGACCUCAUCAACAGGCAGAUUGGAGUAUGUUUGGACAAGGGUCCAAGCGCAGAUCUUCCUGCGAAGGAAGAGUGUGAGGGUGGCGACUCUGCUCCAAACAGCAGCUUAUGGUCCACCCUGACAGAUGAUGGCAUGGAGAUGUCCCACAGGCUGUCUGAGAGCCUGCUCCACGGGCUGGACCUGGAGCCUGAGGGUGAAGAUGUGGUCCUGAGAGCUUGUGGGCGUUUACGCUCAGCCGUGGACAAGCUGCUAGAUCUGCUGUCAGAGUCCACAAAGCAGCUCCAGGACACCCAGGGGUUCCAAGCAGUGUUGCAGGAGCAGUUCACUCAGGGCAGGAACGACACAGCGCAGCUGGUGCUGCAGCAGCAACGGCUCCUUGAACAACUUGAUCUGGAGGCCAGUGUGAAGAGCCAGCUGGAGUUGGAGUUACACAAGGCGGAGGGCCUCAUGGAGGGCUAUGUAGCAGAGAAAGCGGCUCUGGAGGAGGCUGUGCAGCAGAAGGAGAACCAGGAGCAGCGGCUCGUGGAGGAGCUUGAGGCUCUGCGGGUGAAGCUGCAGGAGCUCAGCGAGGAGCGUACCCUGUUGCUCCGCCAGAGAGACUCUGUCAGUGGGACCCUUGGGGACAUUGAGAAAGCACUGCUGGAGGAGGUUCAGCGGUUGGGCCAGGAGAAGCUGGAUGUUCAACGGCAGGCAGAAAAGGAUCACAGUGGCCUCGUGUCACGGCUCAAGCUGCUGGAGAGCGAACUAGAGCAGCAGGUGUGCAGAGGACCUGAGCUGGAGGAGCGGCACAGGACCCGGUGCGAAGACCUCCAGCAGCACAUCCAUGCUCUGGAGAAGCAGCUGAAGCACAACCGCCAGUUCAUCGAUGAGCAGGCAGUGGAGAGGGAGCAUGAGCGAGAUGAGUUCCAGCAGGAGAUCAAGAAGCUGGAGGCCCAGCUGAGACAGCCAAACAAGGGCCACAGCACAGCAGAGAGUAACAUGCAGAGGAUUGAUGACUUGGUCCAGCAGGUGGAGAGCCUGCAAGCAGCUAUGAAGGAGAAGGUGGAGGACUACAACACUCUACUGCAGACCAAGGAGCAGUUUGAGCACAAUGUGGCUGAACAGAAUGAGGAGAUCGACAGGAUGGCCAGCCGCAUCCAAGAGCUGGAGGAGGCUCUUCGGAGCAGCACCGAGACCAACCGGGCCCUGAGCCAGCUUGAGCAGGAGCUGCAGAAGGCUAGGAAGGUGGAGCAGGACCUGCUACGGGACCGGGAGGCUCUCCAGCAGCAACAGUACUCAAACCGCAUGCAUAUCUCAGCCCUGCAGUCAAAGCUGGAUGAAACGCGGCACAGAGUCCCAGACAGCAGCUCGAACCCAGCUCUGCGGGAGCAGCUCACAUCCUUGAAGCAGGAUCUACUUGACAAGGAGAAGCAGGUGGAGGUUCUUUUGGAACAGCUGGAGGAGGUCCAGAGAAACCUGGGUAUGAAAGAGGAAAAGGCCCUUCAGCUGAACUUGCAACUGGAUGAGCUCACCAGGCAGAACGCCACUUGUGUCACACAGAUGCAGAAUGAGAUUGGUUCCCUUAAGGAGCAGCUGAGCUCUCUGCAAAAGUUCCAGGAUGUGGCAAGAAAAGAGGUCACAGCAGCUUGCUCCCUGCAGCUUCCUUUUGCUCUUAUAGAAGAAAAGAACCUGGAAAUUGACCAUCUGAACCAACAGAUCCUCCAGCUACAACAGGAACUGAGUGUGUCAAAGGAUUGCAAGGUGGAGCAGCAGAAGCAGGCAGAGGUAGAACAUCUGCGCUCCCAAGUAGAGCUCCUGCGGCAGACCCAUGAGGAGGAGACCGAGCAGCUGCAUGAGGUCAUUGACAAGUUGCAGGAGGAGCUGGUGAGACUCGGGCCUGAUCGCAUGGAGGUGAGCGACCCAGUGGAGCAGAGCUCCCCACCAUCUGGCCGUUGGCCCCCUGCCAGCCGUGAGGACAGCCUGGGUCGGGAGCUGCAGAGGCGCUUGGAUCUAGCCCAUAGCGAGAGGGAUGCUCUCCAGCAGCUUCUCCGUAACCAGGAGGACAGCUUCCGCAGCCAGCGGGAGGAGAUGGAGCAGAGCCUGGAGGACCAGCAGCAGCACCUCAACCGCAUGCAAGAGGAGGCUGCCAACUUGACCGCUCAGUUGUCUCAGGAACAGAGGCAGGCUGAGCAGCUGAGUACUCGACUGCAGGAGCUGGAGGCUGAGCGAGAUGAGGCUUUAGCGGUGAGUGGGAGGGCUGAGGAGCAGCUCAGGAGUGAGUUUGCUGCUGUUGAGGCAAUUGUGGCACAGCUGAGAGACUCACAGGCUCAGAUUGGACAGUUAGAGACUCUCAAAGAGUCUCUAUCUGGUGAGACACACAUUCUGAGGCAGAGCAAGGCAUGUCUCCAGGAGGAAGUGGAGAGACUGAAACGGGAAGUGGCUUCAAACAGUGCCCAUAUCCAACAGCUGAACCAGCAGCUGGAGGACCAAGAAGCUGAGUGUGUGGAGGCCCACAAAGAGGUCCUGAAGUGUGCUGACGAGACCCUGGCCAAGGCUGAAGAAGUCCUGCAGGAGAAGGAGCAGCAGCUGGCUCAGCUCAUUGCAGAGCAUAGUGCCCUGAGAGCAGAACUAGCUUCUGUGAAGGAGGGGCUCAGCUCAAGCACUGAAAGGGCAGAAAAGCUGGUUGAGGAAGGCCAGACAAAGGACCAGGCUCUUGCUGAGCUGGAGGUUGUCAACCAGCACUUGAAGCUGGAGCUCUGCAGGUUGCAAGAGGACCUGGCUCUGCAGGAGGAGGAGCUGUGUAGCCAGCACCAGGAGCUGGAGCAGCUGCGUGAGCAACACGGCCUGCAGGUGCAGCAAGACACGCAACCUUUACGCCUUUCCCUGUCCCAAGAAGCCUUUGGGGGUUCGCCCGAACACCUGCGUCACCUGGAUAUUAGCAUGGACCAGAUGGCACACCUUUCUGAACUCAGUGCCCUCCACUGCACGAGCUUGGAGCUGCACACUAAGGACAGGUCCCUGCUGCCUGAAAUCCUGCCCUCUAGCAUGGACCUGCCCAGUGUUUGCUCACCAGGCUCUGACCCCAGCUCCACCCUAGCCUCUGACCACCUUGCAGUAAACGGCUCUUCAGGUGCUGGCAAGGUCAAGGAGCUUGAAAACAUGGAUCUGAUGCCACCCUCCUCCCUGACAUGCUCCACCACUUCACCCUCCCCCCAUGACUGGGCCAGUGAUGGCUAUGGCAGCAAUGUGAGCUUGGAGCUGGGUGCCCAGCUGCAGGUUGAGUUGGAUGCCGCCGAGCGCCUGGAUGCCCACUUCCUGGAUUACCUGAGGCAACGUGGCAUGGCUCCAGCCGACAGCAUGGAUAGCGUAGCUGUGAACGAGGAGCUGCUGUCUCCUGAGCUCCAGAGCUUGCUGAAGAAGCUGUAUCAUGAGGCUUGCCAUAUCCUGGCCCUCUCCCAGCCCCUUACAGCUAGUACAGCCCCCCCUAGCUGGCAGAGAGAGAAGCGUGCCCUGCAGGAAGCGGUCGUCUCUCUUAGGGAACUGCUAUGCAAGGUGGCCAACCACAAGCCCCAGGUGGACAACAAGGAGGUGGACUGGAGUGCGAACCUGCUGCAGUCUCUGCAUCGUCUGUUUGCCAGUGAACGUGACUGGCUGCGCUCAGAGCUGCAAUCUGUUGUCAGGAGCCAUCCGACCCUUGACCCUGAAUCCUUCAUGAAGCAGCUGGCUGACCUUCUGAAGCAGCAGGAAGGCCAUCAGAGGCAAUCUCUAGAGCAGCUGUUGUCUGCGGAGCGUCGCUGCCUUCUGGCUCAGCUGCAGGACCUGCAGGGACAAAUGCGCAUCUCCAGCCUGAAGAGCCAGGAGCAGUUGCAGCAACUGCGAGUAUGUAUGACCACAACUCAAGAGGAAAGUAGCCAGCACCAACACCAGCUGCGCAGACAAGUGGAGCUGCUGGAGUUCCAGCUGCAGCAGGAGCAGACACUCAUGCAGGACCUGCGCAGUUCACUGGCUGUAGAGCAGGACACCGUGGCUCUGCUCAAGAAGGAGCUUGAGGAGAGCAGCCUACAGCUGAGUGCAGCGGGCAGGAGCCAGCAGGAGUUGCACAAUGAGAUCUGUGGACUGAGGGUGCGGCUGGAGAGUGAGGAGACAGAGUGCCUGGCCCGGGAUCAGGAGAUGAGGCAGGAGAAGGAAAAACUACAUGAGCUGCAGCAGGAAGUAGACCAUAAGCAGGCUCAGGUGCGAGAGCUCCAGGAGGAGGUGCAGCGUUACCGGCUCCAACAGGAGGAGCAGCAGCACAGCCACAAGGUGCUGCAACAGUUUCUAGAGCAGGAGCAUGUGGCAAACAGCAACCUGAGGAGGGAGCUGCAGAUAGAGCAGUCCCGCUGCGAAGCGCUUAUUGUGCAAGAGAGGCAGCGAACGAAUGAGGUGACACAGCAGCUGGAGGAGGCUCAGUCCAGCUGUGACCAUCUGAGACAAACUCUCGUCAAGGAGAAGCAGGAGCUCGAGAUGAAACUGCAGGAGGCGCUCUCCCACUCUGCCCAGCUGAUGGAUGCUCUCGUCAAGGAGAAGCAGGAGCUCGAGAUGAAACUGCAGGAGGCGCUGUCCCACUCUGCCCAGCUGACGGAUGCUCUCGUCAAGGAGAAGCAGGAGCUCAUGAAGAGGCUGGAUGAAGCUCGGCGCCAGAACAAGACAGCUCUCCAUGACCGGAGAGUCAUCCAGGAGCUCCGCAACCAGCUGGAACAGGAGCAUCUUCAGCGGGAGAAGGUGGUUGCGAUGCUCAGUCACCAGCAGCAGGAGAUGCUACACAGCAAGCAGAAAGUGGAGCAAGAGCUUCAUUCGGUACAGGAGCAGCUGCGCUCCAUGCAGGAGAAAAAUGCUCAGGAGAAGCUCAGGGAGACCUGCACAUGGCAGGAGAAACUGCUGGAGUUGGACCAGCAGCAUCAGCAGGAUCUGCAGCACAUUCAUCAGCUGCAGCAGUCCCUGGCAGACCUGCAGCAGUCACGGCCACAAGGGGAGCCCUCUGUCCUGCACAACCAGCACCAGCUAACAAUUGCCCAGCUGCAGCUGGCCAUAGCUCGCAUGAAGGACAUCCUGCACAGAGCCAGUUCUGCUGGAGAAUUCGUAAGGGGGAGCAUUGGGCUAGUCCAAAUGGAGGAGGAUCUUCGGCUGCUGUUGCACAUACUCUGUGACCUGGAGCAGGACCUGAAGGUGCUCAGUCAGGCCUCCCCUUCCUCAGCUGCACUCGAGCGGCUCGCUGGAGAGAAUGCAGAGCUGCGCAGCCGCAUCGCUGCCCUUAGCCAGGACAAGGCCACCCUGCAGCACUCGCUCUCCUGUCUGCGAAGGGAUCUACAGACGCAGCCUGUUGGAGAGAAGGAGGCUGAUGCCAUGCUCCUGGGAGAGAGACUCUCGUGGCAGAAGGAGCGUGCUGCCCUGCAGGCUGCUCUGCGCAAAGCUGAGGCUCAGCUCUCCCAGGCAACUGCUGAGGUGGAGAACCGCCCACUAGCAGACAAUUCCAGUAGCAAGGUGCAGAGGUUGUACAAGCGCUACCUGCGAGCGGAGAGCUUCCGCAAAGCACUUGUCUACCAGAAGAAGUACCUGUUGCUGCUGCUUGGUGGCUUCCAGGACUGUGAGACAGCCACUCUCUCUCUCAUCGCUCGCAUGGGGGUGCACCCCUCCCCUGCUGACCUGCAGGCUGCUGUCCCUCGCUCGCGCCCCAUUAACCGCUUCCGGGCUGCAGUUCGUGUGGUCAUUGCAGUGUCUCGGUUGCAGUUCCUGGUCAGAAAGUGGCAAAAGGCAGCCAGGAAAGGCACCAUGGUGACAGCUGGACCGAGCAGCCAGGGCUUCAGUGCCAGGGAAAGCUACGGGCACACACGUUCCAGCUCACAGUGUGAGGUUUUAAGACAACAGCAUCCAGGUGCACUGUUCAACUCUCCUGCCCAGGGGGUUGUCUCUCCACUGGUCCCACCCAUGAAGUCAUCACUUAGUCUGCAGAGCAGGCUGUACCCCAGUAUGUUCCUCUACACGCCUGAACGACCCCACCCUGCAUCCCAGGACCCUGAGCACUCCUUGAGCGAGUACAUCCACCAUCUGGAGGCUGUUCAGCAGCGACUUGGCACCGCCCAGAAAGCGCGCAGCAGUCAUGUAGAACCCCCUGAGAGUGGGGCGUGCAGUCAUGUGAUGCAUGCCACAGAUAUGCUGAGAUAUGACCAGAAGUGGCUGCUCGGAAAUAGAACACGGCUGUACUUGAGCCGCUUGUCACCUCUGUACAGGUGUGUCCCAGGUGAGUGGGAGGCUGUGUUGACCCGGUCUCCGGUCAGUCACCAAGUCAAACCGCGUGACGUGGCGAAGGGGCUCAGCCGUCCUCAGUGUGACCGCGGUCUAUCUGUGUUCCAGGGUCCCCCACUGCCGUUGCGUUCCUGGCGCCGGUCCGGAAGACGGACUUUUAGCAGCCGUUUGGCCCCAACAGCUCGCCGCCCAUCUGUUUUAUAGCUUGUACACUUUCUA